AUGGGCAAGUUCAUUCCUGCAGAAGGCCAGACGCGGAGAACGCCCGAACUUUUGGCAGAGGAGGAAGUCGCAAGGACGGAGCUCUACGGGCGGGUGCUGCAUGCGUGCCCUGGCAAGCGGCAGAAGCUCUUUGUUUGCACCAGGACCAAGAUGGUCCGCAGCAAGAACCAGAUGACCUUCAAGCCCAUCAACGGCAAGCUGCCCGCCAUUCUGGUGCCCUGGAACCAGGCCCAACCGGCCCUGGAUCGUUUCGACCUGCACCUGGUGGAGGUGGUGGACUGGCAGGAUGGCCGACGAAAGCCUUGCGGGAAGUACCUCCGCGCGCUGUGUAUGCAGGACCGAGAGGGCGCGGACAUCUUGGAGGUGGUGAAGUGGUCAAUGAAUUUGUCGGAUUGGGAGGGGAGGGAGGCGGAGGCGACCAGUGAGGAAACAGAAGGUUCCACGUUGACCGGCAUCGGCAUCCAGCACCCCGACGUGCCCGCGGGGCUGUUGUUCUCGGAGUCGGGCAAGGCGCUGCAGGUGCACAUCCUGGACGUCAACGCUUACUUGGACACACCAGAGCUGGAGGAAGCAGAGCUGUUGGCCCGCCGGAGGGCCGUGGGCGAGUGGUUUAUGGACCAUUUGGACCAGCCCUUGCACAAGCUGCUGCUCCUGCCAGAGGGCUUGUGCUUUUGCCCGGGCCGCACGAGUCGGGCUUUGACCUUUUCGCUGCCUCUGGAGGACGGUCAGCUCAAUUGGCAGAACGCCCAGGUCUUCGAGUCUCUGGUGCAUUGUGACCGCAUCCUGAGACCCGAAGAGCUGGGUAAGCUGCUGCCGAGCGGCGACAUGCAGGAGAGUCGGAACCUGAACUCGCACGACUGGUGCAGUCGCUCUUUCAGCACGCCUGCGGCUUUGAGAAUGCCCUUCGGUCCACCGGGAGCUUUGCGGUGCUCGCUGACUUGGACCUCCAGCUGCACUGCGCUUGGCAGCGGGAAGGGGCCCUUGGCUCGCGGCUGGUGGAGACCUACAUGUACCUGGUGA